AAAAAAGAAAGCCAAAUCGACGCUGUCGUUUUACACAAUAUAACAAUCCAAAAUGAGAGAAAUCGUCCAUCUUCAAGCCGGCCAGUGCGGAAACCAGAUCGGAGCUAAAUUUUGGGAAGUCAUCUCAGAUGAGCACGGUAUCGACCCAACAGGAACUUAUCAUGGCGACUCCGAUCUCCAGUUAGAGAGAAUCAAUGUAUACUACAAUGAAGCCACAGGAGGCAAAUAUGUACCACGUGCAGUCCUCGUCGAUCUUGAGCCAGGAACUAUGGAUUCCGUCCGCUCUGGUCCUUUCGGACAGAUCUUCAGACCUGACAACUUUGUCUUUGGACAGAGUGGAGCUGGUAACAACUGGGCCAAGGGUCACUACACAGAGGGCGCUGAGUUGGUGGACUCCGUUCUUGAUGUUGUCCGCAAGGAGGCUGAGAGCUGUGAUUGUCUCCAGGGAUUCCAGCUGACUCACUCACUAGGUGGCGGCACUGGAUCCGGAAUGGGAACACUCCUCAUCUCAAAGAUCCGUGAGGAAUACCCAGACAGAAUCAUGAACACAUUCUCAGUUGUACCAUCACCUAAGGUAUCCGACACCGUAGUCGAGCCAUACAAUGCUACACUUUCCGUACAUCAGCUGGUUGAGAACACAGAUGAGACCUACUGUAUUGACAAUGAAGCACUUUAUGAUAUCUGCUUCCGUACUCUCAAACUCACCACCCCCACAUACGGAGACUUGAACCAUCUCGUCUCUGCCACCAUGUCUGGUGUCACCACUUGUCUACGAUUCCCUGGUCAGUUGAAUGCCGAUCUCCGUAAAUUGGCUGUCAACAUGGUACCAUUCCCCCGUCUGCAUUUCUUCAUGCCUGGGUUCGCCCCACUCACAUCUCGUGGCAGUCAGCAAUACCGUGCCCUCACUGUCCCAGAGUUGACCCAACAGAUGUUCGAUGCCAAGAACAUGAUGGCUGCCUGUGACCCACGUCACGGACGUUACCUUACCGUUGCUGCCAUGUUCCGUGGACGUAUGUCCAUGAAGGAGGUUGAUGAGCAGAUGUUGAACGUGCAGAACAAGAACAGCAGCUACUUCGUUGAAUGGAUCCCCAACAACGUGAAGACAGCUGUCUGUGACAUUCCCCCACGUGGUCUCAAGAUGUCCGCCACAUUCAUUGGCAACAGCACCGCCAUCCAGGAGCUCUUCAAGCGUAUCUCCGAGCAGUUCACUGCUAUGUUCAGGCGUAAGGCUUUCCUCCAUUGGUACACUGGUGAGGGUAUGGACGAGAUGGAGUUCACUGAGGCUGAGUCCAACAUGAACGACUUGGUGUCUGAAUACCAACAGUACCAGGAUGCCACCGCUGAGGAGGAAGGUGAAUUUGAUGAGGAAGAAGAGGAGGGUGAGGAAGCCUAA